CCUUCCUCCAGUCCACAAGGUGGCGGUAACGUACCCGGAAGCUAUUCACCCACCGCCAUUCUCCAAGAUGGCGCUACGCAUAGUUAGCUUUUCUGCGUUACGAGUCGGACCUGAUUUCUGGGUCAAUAAUGGCCGGACCUUUGUUACAACAGCGUUCCUUAGGAGACGAGUUCCUCCUCUGGGGCCCAUGCCAAACGAGGAGAUUGACGUAGCUAACCUGGAGUCACUAGAGAAAUAUCGCAGCUACAACCGAUACUUCAGACAAGCCGAGGAGGCCAAGAACAAACCCGUGUGGUGGAAGACCUACAGGAGCCACGUGGAGAAAGCUGACCCUGAGCAUGGUGCUGAGCGGGUGGACAUCGGACUUCCCUACCGUCAGACCUGCAGGAUCAAGGAGGUGAGGGCGAGGAAGCAGGUGAUGAAGGACAACAAGAGGAGCGUGGAGUUGGAGCGGGCCUCUCGCCUCCGUACCUUGAGGAUCUCUCUGGAUGGAGUGGAGGAAACCUGGAGGAAGACCACCGCGCCGUUUCAUCUGAAGAAGCUGGCCGACCACUACGGCGUCUUCAGAGACCUCUUCCCCAUGGCCUAUUUUCUCCCUCAGGUCACGCUCCACAUCAGCUACAGUCAGGAGAACCGUGACCAGGUGCAUCAUGGCAAUCGGUUGACACCUACUGAGGCAGCAUCUGUCCCCCAGAUCAGCUUUGCUGCUGAGGAAGGCUCCCUGUGGACCCUCCUCCUCACCUGUCCAGAUGAGCAUCUGGUGGACAGCGAAGCCGAGUACGUCCACUGGCUUGUGGGGAACAUACCAGGUGGAGCAGUGCAGGAUGGAGAGGAGCUGUGCCACUACCUGCCCCCCUUCCCCCCCAGAGGAACAGGCUUCCACCGCUACGUCUUCGUCCUCUUCAAGCAGGACGCACGCAUCAGCUUCCAGGAAGACAUCAGGCCGUCGCCAUGCUCUUCCCUGGUGGACCGAACUUUUAAGACCGUUGAUUUCUACAGGAAGCACCAGGACAGCAUGACGCCCGCAGGCCUGGCUUUCUUCCAGAGCCAGUGGGACCAGUCUGUCACCAGCACCUUCCACCACACGCUCAACAUGAAGGAGCCGGUGUUCGAGUUCAUCAGACCCCCGGUGUACCACCCUCCACAAGUCAAAUUCCCACACGGGAAGCCUCUGCGCUACCUGGACCGAUACAGAGAUGGGAAAGAACACACCUAUGGAAAAUACUGAUCAUGUGACUCACACCUGGGAGAAUCCAACCAUUUAACCCUGUAAUUGAUUCUUUGGGGGAGUAUUUAUGUUGUCAUGCCAAUAAAAACAUUUUUUUUCCAAA